AUGGCCAGCGCACCGUUGUCUGACGUGACAUUUCCCACUUCACCGAUUCCGCCAAAUCCGUUGGGGGAGGGAAAGUGCAUCAGGACGGCAGCGGCACUCAUGAUAGGAGACGAGAUCCUGAACGGAAAGACACUUGACCGAAACUCGAAUUAUUUCGCAAAGUUCUGCUUUGAGCAAGGUAUCGACCUGAAGCGGAUAGAGGUCAUACCUGAUGAAGAAGAAGAUAUUAUCGAGGCGUCGAGGAGAAUGGUGAAGAAAUACGAUUUCGUUAUUACCUCGGGAGGUAUUGGACCCACUCACGAUGAUAUAACAUAUGCUUCACUCGCCGCAUCUUUCAACCAACCACUCAUUCACCACGCCGAAACCCUCCACCGAAUGGCCGAGAUGAGCAAGAACCGGCCAUGGGUGGCCCAACAGUCUGAGGAACAGCGAGUAGCCCGAGAGCGUAUGGCUCUGUUUCCAGAGAAAGCCGAAGUGCUCUAUGUGGCAAAGGAUAUCUGGGUUCCCGUGAUCAGACUAGAAGGAAAGCUUUGUGUGUUCCCCGGCAUCCCGGGGCUCUUCCAAAAAAUGAUUGAUGGUCUAACACCGUAUUUGCCAUUGCCACCACCGGAAGAACGUCCUUUCAGGCAACAAGUCUUUACAUCGCUCCCUGAGUCUUCGAUAGCACCCUACCUCACCUCCCUCCAUAAACGAGUCAAGGGAGAAGGCAUUAGAGUCGGGUCAUAUCCUCUUCUCAUGAAAGGAGUGUAUAUCAGUCUCAUUGGCAUGGAUAGGAAGAGGGUGAACGAGCUUUGCGAGGAAGUCGAGAAAGAAGUGCAGGGGAAGUUGGUCAGUGAAGAGGAGGUGAGGGAGGCGAAGGCGGAGUCGCUGAAGGAGUAG